AUGAAGCGAAGAAUCACUUUCAUCCAGGGCCCCGCGGCUCCCUUCGAUCCCCAUCAGGCCAUCCUGUCGUCCAACAGCUUUGCGGUCCGCAAUCUCGACGCGGCGGCCGAGGACCGCAUCACAAUCACAACCGACCAGGACAAGCUUCCGCUGGAGCUUCGCAAAGUGUUUGAUCAAUCCCAGGAGCUUCACAUCCGGUGGGCGACUGAGCAGCCCUUCGACGCCCUCGCGCCCUUUGCCAGCAGAGUCUCGCCUGGUCUCCAUGUACACUACACCCCUCGCAUCUCUAACCAGUCCUCGGACGCACUAUGUGACCUACUUCGCACUAUGUUCGGUGCUGAAGAGGGGAAUGGCGUGGACUGCAUGAUUCCUAAGGACUCCUUUACUACACCCCCACCUCUUUCGGCACAGUUCGCGGCGUCAACCGAACUCCAGUAUUACACACGCCUCCCCACUCUACAACACCUGGUCGCAUUUAUUCGGAACAUCAUAUGCCACGACCACGAAUGCGAUGCAAUGGCCGGCUCCCUUCACACCGCAGACUCUGUGGAUAUCGACUAUGACAGGGCUUCGCGUACACUGACGGCAUCGGUAUUCUGGAGCACCCCGCCUGUGGGUGGUUGGGAAGAGGAUAUCAAGAAGCCUGCCUCCACUGUGGACAAGGUCGAAGUCGGUAUUCUCGGUGCUGAGCCAAACGUGACCCCUGAUGAGAUUAAGAUGGGUGGCCUUUUGGGGGUAGUCGGAGAGGACAAGAAGCUCAAGCCGACCAUGUUCUCCUUCCCCUCACGACAUCACCCACUUGCCGAGAGCGCCAAAUACAGCAUCUCAUUCUCCCAGCCAACUGGCCUCCAUCCUGAGAUGUCCAUCUCGAUCCCGCACUCUGCUCUCGAUCGACCACCUGCACCCUUGGACGCAACAUGUGCCCUCCAUACGUAUCUCACGCUCCCGUCCUCUGUUUUCCUAGACCAGUAUCAAGUCAGCACUACCGACCCGCUCUUCCUCAAAGAACAUAACCUGGUGUCCUUGCGAGCAUUCUCCGGCGAGACUGACCUUGAGGCACCGGACUGGGCUGUGGAACUCUGGGGCUCAACCUGGCUCUUCGAGCUCGCCACGCCAUCUACAACUGAGAACGGCGAUCCCGCUUCUAACUGGACCUCCACGAUUCCUCUGCACCUUCGAUACCUCAAACCCUCUCAGUCGGGUUACCGAUCCGCUCAUGUCCCGUGGCCAGUCGUCUUCUGGGCCUGUGUUUCAGAUGACCAGUCCAAGAUGGGUCUCAACCCGUUCGAUCGCACGAAUCUGGGCUACGACGGUCUCUUUGGACCACGUACUCUGUUUUACCAGCUUCAUCCUGCCUCCGAGCAACUGGUCGAGGAAUUGAGCGUGCCCGUUCUUGAACUGGAGGAUGGACAAGGUUUGUUCCAGUCUCGCAAUAUCGAGAUUGGGACUAGUAUUGUCAUUGUGCUGGGAUUUUUGUGGAUUCUUACGAAGCUUAUUCGGGUUGUUUGGGCCACUGGUUUCGAGGCCAACGAAGUAAGAGGCCCUGAUCAUGAGAAGAAGGAAUAA